AUGGGUGCUGCGGUGGUGCCGCCGGCAGCCGCCUGCGUGCUGCUGGCCCUGCUCCCUGUGGCCGGCGGACAGACCACCCCUCCCUCGGGCUGCGGCAAGGACCUCUCCUCCCUCUACUACAACCUCUGCGACCUCUCAGCAGCCUGGGGCAUUGUGCUGGAGGCCGUGGCCAGCCUCGGCGUGGUGACCAGCUUCGUGCUUACCAUCGUCCUGGUGGCCAGCCUGCCCUUCAUGCAGGACCCCCAGAAGAAGAGCCUAGUGGCCACGCAGGUCUUCUUUCUUCUGGGCACCUUCGGGCUCUUCUGCCUGACAUUUGACUUCAUCGUAGGGCCGGAUUUCUCCACCUGCACCUCCCGCCGCUUCCUCUUUGGCGUCCUCUUCGGUAUCUGCUUCUCCUGCUUGCUGGCGCACGCCGUGGCCCUCAACUUCUUGGUGCGGAGGAACCGGGGCCCGCGGGGCUGGGUGACGCUGGCGGUGGCCCUGCUCCUCGCUUUGGUGGAGGUCAUCAUCAACGCCGAGUGGCUCAUCAUCACGGUGGCGCGGCAGGAGGGCGGCUCCCCGGACCCUUGCCAGCUGGCGGACGCUGACUUCGUCAUGGCGCUCAUCUACGUCAUGUUCCUGCUGGUGGCCGCCUUUGGCACCGCCUGGCCGGCCCUCUGCGGCCGCUACGGCUGCUGGCGCAAGCAUGGCGCCUUCAUCCUGGCCACCACUGGCCUCUCCAUGGCCAUCUGGGUGGCAUGGACAGCCAUGUACCUCUACGGGAACCAGAGUGCAGGCGAGAAGCCCGGCUGGGACGACCCCACACUGGCCAUCGCGUUGGUCUCCAACGCCUGCACCUUCCUCCUCCUUUACAUCAUCCCCGAGGUGACGCACGUGACGCGGCAGAGCCCCGAGCAGGCCUUCGAGGACGACGUCUACCCCACGCGCGGGGUGGGCUAUGAGACCAUCCUCAAGGAGCAGAAGUCGCAGAGCAUGUUUGUGGAGAACAAAGCCUUCUCCAUGGACGAGCCCUCCUUCGCCAAGAAGCCAGUGUCCCCGUACAGCGGCUACAACGGGCAGCUCCUGACCAGCGUCUACCAGCCCACCGAGAUGGCUCUGAUGCACAAGGGUCCGACCGAAGGUCCCUACGACGUGAUCCUGCCCCGUGCCUCCACCGCCAGCCCGGCGGCCGGCAGCGCCAGCUCCACGCUGCGAGCCGAGGACGCCUUCGCGGCGCAGGCCCGACACGCUGGCGCCCAGCGGGACGGCAGGAGCUGCCAGGUGCAGUCCCCGUACAGCAGGAACCGGUGGUGA